AGAGUAUUCUAGAAUUUUGCAAGUCAUGAAAUAACAUUUGCUUAUGUAACCGAGUUAUCAUUGUGUCUGUGAUCUAUAGCUGGAAUGAGAGUGAAAGUUAAACUGUUAUUAUUCGCUCAAGCCAGAGAUCUAGCUGGAAAGGCUGUAGAUAUACUGGAUGUACCUCGAUCAAUUAGUUGUUAUAAUUUGCUGCAGAUUAUCGUUGAUCAGUAUUCGUUGCAAGAGAUUCGGAACAACGUUUUGUUGUCUUUGAAUGAGCAGCUCUGCCACAUUGAGGAUAAUUUAGAGUUGCAAAACGGCGACGAAAUUGCAGUGAUUCCACCUCUAAGCGGUGGUUAAACAGUUCCAAAUCCAGUCGCAUUGAUAGUCUGUAAUGGCUAAUUUCCUGGCUUUUAAAACAGACAAACUUGGGGUGGAAGAAGUGACUGGUUUGGUUAGUGCACCUUCAUGUGGAGCAAAUUCAAUCUUUGUGGGAACAACUCGAGAUAAUUUUAACGGGAAAACAGUGACAAAUCUUGAGUAUGAGGCUUAUGAUUCAAUGGGAAUAAAAGCAAUGGAAACAAUAUGUCUGGACAUGAGGAAAAAGUGGCCUGAAGUAGUAAAUAUCGUCAUUCAUCAUAGGUUGGGCGAAGUUCCUAUAAAGGAGGCUAGUGUAAUAAUUGCAGUGUCUUCGCCGCAUAGAGAAGAAGCCUUAAAAGCCACAGAAUUUUGUAUUAACAGGUUGAAGCAAUCCGUCCCAAUUUGGAAGAAGGAAAUAUACUCAGAUAGUGACGCUGCUUGGAAAGAAAACAAAGAAUCUGCCGUCAUGUCAUACCCCCCUAAAAGAAAAAAGCAUGAGUUUUCGAUAACUCAAGAAGUACAAAAUGAUUAUUUUCCCCCGCAUUUAAUACAAAUCAAAGCCGCAAAUGAGGAAUUGAAUAUUCGAAUAGAGAAGUUCAUGGAGCGGAAAAGAGCUGAUAUUAAUGCACACAACAAUACCGAAUUUUUUCAAAGAGGCAGAGAACCAGAGUUUAGUUGUGCUAGAAUUGACGCGAUAGUGGUGAAGAGAAAAGACUCAAAUAGUCAUCUACAAGUGGAAAAGGUUUUGAACAGCUACCAAUAUCGCGACCAGAAAACUUUUGAUUACCUGAAACGAUAUAUUCCAUCCAAUGGUAUAGACGAACGGCUACAAUCUUUGGAGAGUCAACUAAGUAUGGACAAGGCAGUACCGAAAAAUGUGUACCAAAGGAUAAAACAUUUGGAGGACCGUCUGCUUCAUUUAGAAAGUUUAUCACCUGAAUAUUUACAAUUCUGGGACAAAACCAGUGUGAUGUCUACAAAAUCUAUGAAAAAGCGAACAUUCGAGCUAAGUGAAAUAGAUGAACUCACUGCCGAAGUGGAGCGAAAAUGUCCGAAAGCAUGUUAAGACGCGUGCCGUUAGAAAACAAAACAAGACUAACAGUAACGUAUUUUUUUAUAUAUUUAAGCAAUACAUUUAUUUUAUCUCACAUUUCUAGUUAUAUAACUAGAAAUUUGCUUUCUUUUAUAUAGAGUAUAAUUGUUACUAUCAUGAGUAAACGGCGUAACCAUUUUUAA